UGCGGGGCCAUUUUUGGGGCAGUAAGAUCGAGCGAGGAGCCCAAGAGCGAGCGCGCAGCCCGAGAGCUCGAGCCGCCUCCGCCGCGAGACCCCACCUCGGCCGCCGCCGCCUGCGCCGCGAGAGCCGCCACCGGCCUCCCAGAGAGCGAGCCCCGGCCGCCGCGACCUCCAGCCGCGCCAACCGCCGACCAACCGCCACCGAGGUGCCCGAGUGAGAGCAGAGGAGGCGGCAUGAGCGAGGCGGGCGAGGCCACCACCACCACCUCCACCAGCACCACCCUCCCGCAGGCUCCGGCGGAGGCGGCCGCCGCGGCCCCCCAGGACCCCGCGCCCAAGAGCCCGGUGGGCAGCGGCGCGCCCCAGGCCGCGGCCCCGGCGCCCGCCGCCCACGUCGCGGAAAACCCCGGUGGGGACGCGGCCCCCGCAGCCACGGGCACCGCGGCCCCCGCCUCUUCAGCCCCCGCCGGCAGUGAAGACGCGGAGAAAAAAGUUCUCGCCACCAAAGUCCUUGGCACUGUUAAAUGGUUCAACGUCAGAAAUGGAUAUGGAUUCAUAAAUCGAAAUGACACCAAAGAAGAUGUGUUUGUACAUCAGACUGCCAUCAAGAAGAACAACCCACGGAAGUACCUGCGCAGUGUAGGAGAUGGAGAAACUGUAGAGUUCGAUGUGGUUGAGGGGGAGAAGGGUGCAGAAGCAGCCAAUGUGACUGGACCGGAUGGCGUUCCCGUGGAAGGGAGCCGUUACGCUGCCGAUCGGCGCCGUUACCGACGUGGCUACUAUGGCAGACGCCGUGGGCCUCCCCGUAAUUACGCUGGGGAGGAGGAGGAGGAAGGGAGCGGCAGCAGUGAAGGAUUUGACCCCCCUGCCACUGACGGGCAGUUCUCUGGGGCCCGGAGUCAGCUGCGCCGCCCCCAGUAUCGCCCUCAGUACCGGAGGCGGUUCCCGCCUUACCACGUGGGACAGACCUUUGACCGUCGCUCACGGGUCUUUCCCCAUCCCAACAGAAUGCAGGCUGGUGAAAUUGGAGAGAUGAAGGAGGGAGUCCCAGAGGGAACACAACUUCAGGGACCGGUUCAUCGAAACCCAACUUACCGCCCAAGGUACCGGAGAGGCCCUCCUCGCCCCCGACCUGCCCCAGCUGUUGGAGAGGCUGAAGAUAAAGAGAACCAACAAGCGGCCAAUGGUUCAAACCAGCCAUCUGCUCGCCGUGGAUACCGGCGCCCAUACAACUACAGGCGUCGCCCCCGUCCUCCUAAUGCUCCUUCACAAGAUGGCAAAGAGACCAAGGCAGGCGAAGCGCCAUCUGAGAACCCCGCUCCAGCCACCGAGCAGAGCAGUGCCGAGUAACACCAGGCUCCCCAGGCACCUUCACCAUCAGCAGGUGACCUAAGGAAAUUAAUGACCAUUAGAAAAAGAAAGCACAGAGCAGACCGUGACCUUACCAACACCAAAGAGACAUGCAAGCAAUUAACGUGGAAGAGUCAUGACCAAGAUGUGGACAUUAGAACGUUUACUAUCCUUUAUGAAACAGACAACUAUGAAAGGAAAAUGUCAGCCAAGUUUCCUAGCCAGCUGAGAUCCGGGAAUGCCUGCACACGAGACGAGAGAGCAACCUCCCCAGUUUCAGCAACCACUAGGUUUAUAUUUUUUUUCCUGGUUUUUACUGUUUUGGUAAUAUAAAUUGAAAGAAGAAAUAUUAAUACCACAUGGGGAGAACCCCAACCAAAGAAAUCUGAAAUAUAUAGUAAAUGCUUUUUUUCCCCCUUUUUUGUUCAUUUUGGAUGCUGGUGCUAAACUUCCAAGUGUCGUGAUUUAAAAAGAAAUUUUAUGCCCUUCUUAUUUAUUUCUAGGAUGAGGGGAGGAUAACAUUUUUGCUUUCUUACGUGACUUGCUAAAAAUGUGCAGUAUGGAGUUCCUCAAAAAUAAAAUUUUUACCCUUGAAAGGAAAUGAUGUAUAA